AUGGAGAUCGUCAAGACAGCAGUUACACAUCCCAAUGAACUUCGCGCUUUGAUCACAUACAAAGUAUGGCGUGAUCCUGUUCAUGACAUCAGGCAACAUCCAGAGACUAGUGGCUGGGACCGGGAGCGCAUGCGGGCAUGCUGGUCUUUCCUGGACGCAACUAGCCGUAGUUUUGCAGCGGUGAUCAAGGAACUCAAAGGAGAGCUAAGCCGAGUAAUUUGCAUUUUCUACCUGGUCUUACGAGGUCUUGAUACUGUGGAAGAUGACAUGACAUUGAAGCCUGAAGUCAAGAUUCCUCUCCUCCUUGACUUCUACAAGAAGCUGGAUGAGCCUGGCUGGAAUUUCACAGGAAGCGGCCCCAACGAAAAAGACCGCCAGCUUUUGGUCGAAUUUGAUAAGGUUAUUGGUGAAUUCCAACUUUUGAACGAGGGCUGUCGCUCGGUCAUUGCUGAUAUUUGUGCACGAAUGGGCGCGGGAAUGGCCUCUUACAUUGAACUGGGAAACUCUCCUAAGGGCCUAACUAUGCAGAAGUGGCAAGACUACGACCUAUACUGCCACUUUGUUGCCGGUCUUGUGGGCGAGGGUCUCUCCGGUCUAUUUGUCCAAACGAACAUUGAACGUCCUUUGGUGGGGUACCAACUGAAGUUAUCUAAUCACAUGGGCCUAUUCCUCCAGAAGACCAACAUCAUCCGCGACUACGCGGAAGACUGCGAAGAAGGCCGUUCUUUCUGGCCGAAGGAGUGCUGGGGUAAAGAUGGAAUCUUUGCACACCAGGCCGAAGUGCAGCGCGGUGUUGUGGAAACUCGCUCUGGUUCGGGUUCUUUUAAAUUUACAGACACACUCGAGGGCCGAAAGGCUCGUGAGAUCCUCUCGUCUAUGCUUCUGGAUGCGAUGACGCAUGCAACCCACUCUCUCGACUAUUUGAUCUUGCUGCGUGACCAGAGUGUAUUCAACUUUUGCGCAACUCCGCAAGUCAUGGCCAUUGCAACACUCGAGAAGCUAGUGAACAAUGCAGAUGUUUUCAAGAAAAAUGUUAAGAUCCGCAAGUCCCUCGCUGUCCGCUUGAUUCUUCACGCUACGAACCCACGCGAUGUGGCGCGAAUUUUCUUGGACUUUGCACGGGCCAUUCACAAGAAAAUCACACCUGACGAUCCAAGCUAUGUUCGCUGGUGUGUCGAACUCGGUCGAAUCGAAACUUGGUAUGAGUCGAAGUUCCCGUCCUUCGUCAUGUCUGCAUCGCAGAACAGCUCGCGUGAUAUUCGCUCAUAUAUGUACCAGAACUGGGUCUUCUCGCGCGAAGGUUUGGUUCGUCAGCAUGUCAAGCGCGACUUGAUGAACGACGUGGAUGUUGUCACUCAAGCACAGAUGAAACAGAACGAAGUCAAGCAAAUGUUCUGGGCCAUGGCCUCUGUCAUUUUUGUGACCAUAAUCGUGAUUACUCUGUUGGGCUAUCUAGGCUGGAUGGCAACAUGGUACUAUUUCGAGGGUCGUGUCGACCCACUGACUCUUUUGAUCCAGUACUCGCCGGUGCAAUGGUAA